GGUCAAUUAAUGAUCUACUCCCUUGUCCAUAGAUAUAUAAAACAGACAGCUUAUCUAUGCCCUUGUCUAUGAUCAUUCCAUGAUCAAAAAUAUUGGUCAAUAUAGGUUAAGUGAUGGUUUUGUGCAAGUUAAAUAUGUUUGUUUUUUUUAAAUUUAUCGUUUAGAAUUAUUUACCGUGGCAUUACUGCAAAUGAUGUAUGAUUAAUUCCAGUAGUGAAUAUAAUCAUGUCGUUUGAUAAAAGUAAAAUUGAUAAGGCACUUUUUGAAAAGCAGAACGAAUUACAAAAGGAACUGGAUAGACUUAAACUAAAAGAUGAAGAAUUUGUAAAGGAGCUGCAACAUUUGACAUUGCAAACUGAAUACAUUGAUGGUAAAAUUAAGAGCCUCUCUAAAGUUAUACCUGUUCUAAAGACCAUUCGAAAUGAAGCGCAAGAAUUAAUUUCAACAAUUUCUGACUUGUCAGAAUUAUCUGAAAAAAUUAAUGAGAAAGUUAAGCCCCUGGAAAUUGCAAGGUGUCGAGUGGACGAGUGUCAAAAAAGAGUGAGUGAUUUGGUUGAUAUAGAGUUGAGUUCGCAAGGUGUACAAACCGCAAUAAUAAAUGAAGACUAUGAAGAAGGUGCAGGGCAUGUUCAUAGAUUUUUAUUAAUAGAUCAGUCUUUACUGCAACGCACCGCUAGUGAGGCUGAAAAUUUGUCAAGUGUUAGAAAAGCUGUACAGACAUUGCAAGAUGCUGCUAGUCAAUUAAGGACAAUUAUUAAGCACAAGUUUGAUGAGGCAGUUCAUAAUGAAGAUUUGGGUUCAGUUGAGAGAUUUUUUAAGAUAUUUCCACUUUUGGGGAUGCAUGAAGAGGGCAUUACAAAAUUCUGCAAUUAUCUUUGUAUGAAGCUUGAAGUUACUUCUCAAAAGAACCUCAAAACUGCUCUGAACACAACUGUAGCUGACAAACGUUUUAAUAUUGUAUAUGCAGACACUAUGACGCUACUAUUUGAAGGAAUUGCACGCAUUGUUGAUAUUCAUCAUCCACUUAUUGAAACUUAUUAUGGCCCAGGACAUCUUUUAUCUGCUCUUUCUAUUUUGCAACAGGAAUGUGAUAAACAGACAAAAUUAAUCCUUUUAGAGUUUAAUAAGCACCGCCAGUUAACUAGACGACUCAAUCAGAUCUCUGAAAUAAACAAAAUGAGCAACAGUUCCAGCUUUAGUAAACUUGAAAAAAUUGAUCCAAAAGAUUUGGAUUUAUUAAUUCAUGAAGUUACAAUAAUGCAUUCCAGGGCAGAACUUUAUUUCAAGUUUGUCAGGCGUAAAGUAACAAUGGAUAUUGAAAUUGGCUAUCCUAAUAAAGAAGAACAAGUACAAAAAUUGUAUAAAUUGGACAUGGUUAUCAGCACAAGUGAUUUGAAUCAAACUAAAAUUGAUUUGCUUUCUAAGUAUCUUCAGUUAGAACACUAUUUUAUGGAAGAAUCAAUUAAUAAGGCUGUAAAUAUGGACACACUUGAACCUGGACAAAAUACCUCCAGUAUGGUGGAUGAUACAUUCUUUAUUAUUCGGAAAUGUAUAAGGCGAGCAACAGCUACUGGCAGCUUGGAUGGAAUCUGUGCAGUAGUGAAUAAUGCCUGUGGGGUUCUGGAAAAUGAUUUUUGCGGCGUGUUACGUAAUAGAUUAAGACAAGGCUAUCCAACGGGAUACUUGGAUCUUACGCAAGCUUAUAAUGUAUUACAGACGUCGUUGCAACAGGGUCGUUUGCAGUCUGGGGACACGGAACAAGCCAGAACCGCUUUUGUGGUGGCGUUAAAUAACACAAGUGUUAGUAUAGAAUAUGUUGAAACUCUUUGUGAUACAACUCUCAGUGAUGUAGGCCAAGCUUUGCCAAAUAUUACGUCAAAUGAAAAGGGAAAAUUGGAAAGCUGCUUGUCAGGUUUGUCAUCUGUAAUCACAAAUUUGCGAGAAAUUGUCGAGUAUGGGAUGCAACAGCUUCGAGUGAGCGCUAUCAAACCCCGAAUAAGUCCUUGGGUUGAUGCAUUUUUAAAUAUCAAUCAUCAAUUAACUGAAGAUGAGCUUUCGGAAUAUGAAGCAGGAGACACUUUUAUGAAUACCCUGAUAUCAAAUUUAAACUCUCUACUAUUUACUUUCAAAGAAAGUCUGACAUCGUCUAAUUAUGACGUUCUUGUAGGUGUUGUGGCCGCCGAAGUCUCUUCGAGACUUGAAAAAGUGAUUCUUAAAACAACUUUUAACAGAUUAGGGGGUUUGAUAUUAGACAAAGAGAUUAGAUCUUUGGCCGCUUACCUUACGACUACUACGUCCUGGUCAAUAAGAGACAAGUUUGCAAGGCUAACGCAAAUAGCUACAGUACUAAACUUGGAGAAGGUUUCCGAAAUAUCUGACUAUUGGGGUAACGAAAGUUCUUUGACUUGGAGAUUAACUCCGACCGAACUGAGGAGUAUAAUGUCUUUAAGGUACUUGACUACUUUUAAAAAGUCUGCUUUAAUUUUUAUUAAUGAUUAACGGUUUUCGGUCUUUUUUACUUAUUUAUUUAAUGAAUCAACGGACUCAAAAACUUAUAAGCAUUCAAAGUCCUUUUAAAUUCAACUAAGUUACCAUUAUAUCUCAUUUUACCUAAUUCUAGUAUAUCGAUUUCACAAUUUGUAUGCUCUUAUUCAUAUAUGAGCUAAUAAUAAUAAUAACUAUGGGUAUUACAACCAUUGGUCUAAUAUGAAAUUUGAUGAAGCACUACUUUUUCUUUAUCAACUUAUAUAGUAUAUGCGGUAAGAUCGUAAAGAUAGAAAUUUUAGGUCAAAAAACAACUCAUUUUAAUUAUAUACCUUGCAAUGAUUUCUUCAUGC